GAGAAAGGAGGGCCGAGAGCUGAGCGUUGAUGUCUGCCGCCUUGUACGCAUGCACCGCGGCAGCACGCGCGAGCCUGGCAUCCUCUUAGCGCCGCCAAGCCGGGACGCGGCCUCGCCUUCUCCAAGAGGAGCCGGUGCAAAGAAGGGCGGCGGGCGCGCGGCUAAAAAUAACCACCUCUGCUGCUGCUGCUGCUGCGGGCGGGCGGGCGGGCGGGCUUGCGCCUGGGAGCAGCGAGAGCCAGCCAGUCCCCGUCGCCGCUGCCUCUACUGCUGCUGCUCCCUCAGUCACUGCAGUGAGUUUGCUGCAGUCCCCCCCUCAAGCUGCGCUCUCGCUUCAGGCCGCCCAUGCUGCAGCCGGCUCCAGCAGGCAUGCUCACCUUCUUCCUAGUGUCUGGUGGCUCCAUCUGGCUCUUCGUGGAAGUUGCCAUUUCAAUCUUUGAAAAGAUGCAAGCGCAAGAGAUCCUCAGGAACCUGCGGCUUCCAGAGUUUGAAGACUUCAGUCAGUUUUUCCGAAGUUUGCCGGCUGCUACCUUGGUUGGCAUUGGUGCCUUUGCAGCUGUUGUUGCUUACUGGUUGGCCAGCCGGCCAAAAGCAGUGAAACCACCAUGUGACCUCCUGAUGCAAUCAGAAGAAGUUGAGGGCUGGGAUGGUGCACGGAGAUCUGUAAUAGGUGACAGCUCCCAACUGCUAACCCACUACUAUGAUGAUGCAAGGACCAUGUAUGAGGUUUUUAGAAGGGGUUUUAAUAUAUCUGAAAAUGGCCCCUGCUUAGGAUUCAGGAAACCAAAACAGCCUUACCAGUGGUUGACCUAUAAAGAGGUUGCCGAAAGAGCAGAAGCAUUGGGAUCAGGUUUACUCCAAAAGGGGUGCAAACCAUCAGCAAGUCAGUUUAUUGGGGUUUUUGCACAAAACCGGCCAGAGUGGAUCAUUUCUGAGCUGGCUUGCUAUACCUAUUCCAUGGUUGUGGUUCCCCUGUAUGAUACGUUAGGCCCUGGAGCCAUUCGUUAUAUUAUCAACACAGCUGAUAUUUCUAUAGUAGUUUGUGAUAAGCCUGAAAAAGCCAGAGUCCUCUUAGAAAAUGUAGAGAAAAAACAAACUCCGGGCUUGAAAUUCAUUAUUUUGAUGGACCCUUUUGAGAAGGAUCUUAAAGAAAGAGGGCAAAAGUGCGGAGUUCAAAUCCAGGCUAUGCAGGAAGUAGAGGACUGUGGUCGAGAAAGUUGGCGUGCCCCUGUACCUCCUCGACCAGAAGAUCUAUCAAUAGUCUGUUUUACUAGUGGCACUACAGGUAACCCUAAAGGUGCUAUGCUGACUCAUGGGAAUGUGGUUGCUGAUUUUUCAGGUUUUUUGAAAGUAACAGAGAAAGUGAUCUUUCCGAGACAGGACGAUGUGCUCAUCUCCUUCCUGCCUUUGGCUCACAUGUUUGAAAGAGUGAUCCAGAGUCAGUGGUCUCCUACAUAUGAGGAUGCACACAUUUCCUAUUUGCCUUUAGCACACAUGUUUGAGAGAAUGGUACAGUCUGUAGUGUAUUGCCAUGGCGGGCAAAUUGGGUUCUUCCAAGGGGACAUUCGCCUACUGUCUGAUGAUAUGAAAGCACUGCGUCCCACCAUAUUUCCUGUUGUGCCAAGACUGCUGAACAGGAUGUAUGACAAGAUCUUCAGUCAAGCAGACACCCCACUGAAACGCUGGCUUCUGGAAUUUGCUGCCAAGCGUAAAAAGGCAGAAGUUCAAAGUGGAAUAAUCAGAAAUGACAGCCUGUGGGAUAGACUAUUCUUUAAUAAAAUACAGGCAAGCCUGGGUGGCUGUGUUAGGAUGAUUGUAACAGGAGCCGCUCCUGCUUCUCCCACUGUUCUGGGCUUCCUUCGAGCAGCCCUGGGAUGUCAGGUCUAUGAAGGCUAUGGUCAAACAGAAUGCACAGCUGGCUGUACCUUCACUACUCCAGGGGACUGGACAUCAGGUCAUGUUGGAGCACCUUUGCCCUGUAAUUUAAUCAAGCUGGUGGAUGUUGAAGAACUAAAUUACUUUUCUUCUAAAGGAGAAGGAGAGAUUUGUGUGAAAGGUCCAAACGUUUUCAAGGGCUACCUGAAAGAUAGAGAGAAAACCACGGAAGCUUUAGACAAGGACGGAUGGCUUCAUACUGGGGAUGUCGGGAAGUGGUUGCACAAUGGUACACUUAAAAUAAUUGAUCGAAAAAAGCAUAUAUUUAAACUGGCUCAGGGAGAAUACAUUGCACCAGAGAAAAUUGAGAAUAUCUACAUUCGCAGCGAGCCUGUCGCCCAGAUAUAUGUGCAUGGAGAUAGUUUACAGGCCUUCCUGGUGGGGAUUGUUGUACCUGAUGCUGAAAUCAUGCCAGCCUGGGCCAAGAAAAGAGGCUUUGAUGGAACUUUUGCAGAGCUCUGUAAAAAUGCGGAGCUCAAAAAAGCAAUAAUGGAAGAUAUGGUGCAGUUAGGGAAAGAGAGUGGACUCCAUUCGUUUGAACAGGUUAAAGCUGUUUACAUCUACCCCGAAAUGUUCUCUGUACAAAAUGGUUUGUUGACACCUACGUUAAAAGCUAGGAGACCAGAGCUGAGAGAAUUUUUCAAGAAACAGAUAGAAGAGCUUUAUUCAAGCAUCUCCAUCUGACACCAGGGGAAAGUUCUUCAGAAUAAUGGACUCUGUAGCAACAUUAGGAUAAUACUGAAACGUGAAAAGGGCGCAGUUGAAACGAAUAAGCAUCUGACCUUCCACGCGAGCCUUCUGUUGUCGGAAGACAUCAUCACUGAGUAAUUCUUUUACCAUCUAGUUCUAGUUCCUCUUGUUGUAAUGGAUGCUCUUGAAGAUUGCUUAAAAACAUACUGGACAACCGUUAAGCUACUUUCAAUCCCACUCCUUCUGAAAGCAUUUUACAGACACAUUUGUUAUUAAUACCUGCAAAAACAUAAACAAAGAUCCCUUAGCAAACAGGAAAGAAAAGCAGACUGGACCUGCCCAUUUUGUAUGACACUCCGCUAAGCUCCUGGAUGAUUCGAUAAUGUGAUAGGGUUUCCAGAUGUCUCUCUGUAUGGGUACCAUUAAGAACUCUUUAGAAGCAAGCAGUUCCCAGGUUGCACAUCAUGCACACACCUUCCUUAGCAUGGUACGGCACCUUCCUUCGUGUGGUGUAGCUUCACCCUUGGCUGCUACUGCGUGCAUAUGUGGCCAAGAACUCCUCACUGUAACUGAGCUCUUAAAAGUACCAGGGUCCCACUCAGCGAGAUAUCUGACAAAGACUAGUGGUCUACCUCAAUGUUCUUGGAUGCUCAAAGCCAGAAAUAAAUCUGUUACCCUGAUGUAGAACUUAAAA